AUGGCUGCUCAAGAAGAGAAGCGUACAGAACAGGGAGACGUCAUGACAUCCACAACACCAGUGACUCGCCGUGACAAGAGGGAUUCGGACUACGAUGGUAUCCAUUCGGGGAUAAAUCACUCCGCCAAUGAAACGCAUGCCAACAAGUCGACGACCGGAUUGUAUUCUGAACAUGGACACUCGAUCAGUCGUAUCCGUCCCAUGGCCCAACACUCCGGAUGUUCGGUCGCAUCCUUCUUCAACGGCCUAUUUACCACCAUCAUUGGGAUCGCCACCCUCGGAGCAAGCAUUACCUUUUCGUACGUCUUGUCCAACAAUACUUCCAUUGCGCCAUCCCCAAACCCAACUUUCAACGUCCGGCAGGUCCAACAAUUCCUGGCCAUCAGUUGGCUCUUGUUUCUCCUGGCCCUCGGAUUCGCUUCGCUCGGUUCGAGUCUUUUGACGUUUUUCAAAGGUCACUGGAUCGCAGACUGGGACGGCAUGAACGGCAGGAUCAGUCAAUGGAGCGUUCAGAUGUAUGCGGUCUGUACCAGUGGGCUCCUCGGCGGUCUCACCAUUGGUGCUUUUGCACUGUUGUGUCUAGUCGUGGUGCCUUAUUCUGCGGUGGUGGGAUGGAUUGCCUUGGGAUUCACAGCUUUCUUUGGGGUCAUCGUUCUUGUGGCUGUGAUCAAUCAGGCUCCCUGGCCUUGGCGGGGCAACACGCCACCGUCGCCUACCAGACACCACACUGCUUGA